AUGUCUCUGCUACCUCAUCAUCUUCUGGUCGCCCUGACCAUCUUGGGUGCUGCUUCGACUCUGAUACUGUACCUUUUCUCGGGCAAGGAGAAGAGUCAAUGGGUCCCAUGGUCCGUUCAGGCCAAACCAUGGCCACAGAAGAGGCUUGCCGUCAAAGACCUUCCACUUGAAUUCCAAGCAAUCGAGCCCUUCAGUGGCUUGCCUACCCAACGAGCACCCGACUGGCCACAUCCUUGGAAACCCGGGAAAUUCCAGAUGACCAUGAGCCUCCGCAAAAUCGACCCAAACAACUGGCUUACCUAUGACCGUGCAUACGAGAAGGAGCAUCUCGACAAACUCAGAUAUAUGAACGGAGACCUACAUGACGACGUGCUGCAAGUUCUGCCUAACACAGACGAGUCUUGCGAGGAACUAUUGCAGCUUAUUGUCGAGUACGUUACGAAGCGGUAUCCAGACAUGUUCCAGCUUGACGGCGACGACAUUGUCAUCGUCCCUAUGAAUGAGCGAUAUCGUGUUCGGGCACCGUACGACCGACACCCGAUGGAAGUAGCCGGCUUGCUCGUGAUGGAUGAUCUGUACAUUUUGCAUCUGGGAGAGCUAGAUCGGUAUUAUCUCAGGAGAGCCUGCUUUCUGGCUUGUCCUUCGGGAUGGCGACUCAAAGACCGAAUCGGAUGGCCAUUGCAUCAAAUGCAUGGCCCUGUACCUACCUGGAGAGAAAAACUGCAAAAGUCCAUGGAAAGAUUCUUCAUCAAUAUCAAGGUGGAUGGCGCGAUUCAGCGGAACAAUGUCUUCAUCCAACCCUGUCCCGGAAUUUUUCAUCAGGAACCGAUGGAUGAAAAGCCUCCAGCCAAGACAGUGGAGGACAUCGAGAUCCGUACAGAGCUGCAGUCCCUUCGAAGACUGCCUCGCACUGGAGCAGUAGUCUUCACCGUUCGAACGUAUAUGAAUCCGUUGACAGAUCUUGGUAAAGAGCCUAUGGCGCUUAACAGACUUUGGGAUGCAGUGCGCAACUAUCCGGAUAACACUGCAGCUUACAAAGUCCGUCACCUUUGGUCCGACGUAUUUGAGGAUUACUGUCGCAAGGUCUUGGGACGAGAGAACCCUGACCCUACGGUAUUGGAUGUGCAGGAUUAG